AUGCGACUUCCAAGGGCAUCGCAGUUCUAUUCGAUGCGCAUGCGUUAGCAAGUUGAAAUCUAAGCUAAAAUGGCGGCCUAAUGGAAGGGCAGCAAGGCUUCUGUAUUUUUAAAACCAACACAUGUCAGAGGAUCGAUAAUUUGUGACAAGAGUUAUUGGUCCUGGCUAAAAAAAUUCCACUAUGGCCAGUGAUGGAAUGGACGAAGAAGUCCUUACCCGUGAAGAGGCAAAGCGCAUUUUACGGAGGCUUGAGCUUGAAGCCUACUCUUCUGUGAUAACGGCGUUUCGGGCCCAGGGAGAUCUAAGCAGGGAAAAGAAACAGGCUUUAGCAGACCUCGCUGCCCAUCUGAGUAUUUCAACCGAAAGGCAUCGCGCUGAGGUGAGAAGAGUUGUCAACGAUGAUAGUCUCAAUUCUGUAGCUGAAUGCAUGCACGGAAUUGGGACAGCUACUGAAUGGUCAAUCGAAGGAAGAAGAUUGGUUUCACUGACGCCACGGUUGGUACCUCAAACUGUGUUUACUGCAAAGGCCACACACACGGCCAAUGCAAUUUCACACGAAAACUCAAAGCUGCCUGCCAAGAAAACUGCACCGCAGAGCACCAGGGAACGCUCAGUGUCACUUAGCAGCAAAGUUUCUGAAAGAUUCGAAGAGAAGUUGAAAGUUAAGGAUAGUAAGCCGGUGGAAUUUUCAAGAAGCUUGUCAACCUCCUCUUCUUCGAGUAUCAAAUCUCAAGAAAGCGAAAAGACAAAGAAGAAGAAGAAGCCGAACCCACCAACCAACAAGGUGCUCAAGCCAAGUAAGCUCAAUCUACCUACAAAAUCAGAGUACAAAGUUGCCACUUCCCCAAAUCUUACAAAGCAAAAUUUGUUGUCGCCCACUAGCUUGCACAAACCAGUCUCUCCAGGAGGUAGCCAUGGCAGCACCCACCAGAAGCCUUUGAUUCUCCAACGAAGUCCGCAGAAGUCAAGUCAGAUAUCUAGAUCACUUUCAACGGAGGGCCUGGGGUCGAGUAGUAGUCCAUACAUCACAAAAGCCGUGCUGCAGUCGCCAACAAGUACUGGAACGUUUUCUAGUGCAAAUGAUGGUGGAUUCAAGCAGCAGAGAUCCAUCAUUGAUGCGAGAACUGUCUCCCCAACCCAUCAGGCCAAAGUCUCACAGAUACUAGUUUCGUCUAGUAGUAAUUCAACAACGAUACAGAAAAUGAAAUUCAAAACACCGAUCGCCAAAUCGAAAGCGAAGCCGGCUAAGAUCAAACCUAUUACUGGGGUCCAACGUCCAUCAGGUUUUAGUGCUAGUAAUGUCAGUCCGAGUGCAGAGUCUCUGAAUGUGUUGGCAACUUCUACAGUGGUACCAAUGGCACCUAUUUCACCUGUUAAACCAGUCAUACCGAGCUGUUCUGGCUUAAGUGGAGUCUUGCCAAAUUUGGCCAUUGUAACAAGUACUCUAACCAGUGGAUCAAUUGCAAGUUGCUCAGCAAGUUCUCUCUCGAGUGGCUCAUGUCCUGUCAAGGUGGUGCAAGUUCAGAAGUCAUCUAACAGCACUGCUAGUCAUUCAUCACCCGCAAAUACUGGAUCUAAACCAUUCGUAGUUGUAUCUUCAUCGACGUCCUCUAAACCUGGCAGUGCGCAGAGGGUUCUUGCCCUCAGUAACGUGCCAAUUAGCGGUAGUCAGCAGCUGAAGAUUGCUUCAAUCCCAAAUGUUCUGCAGCAGUCGGGUGCAAAGAUAGUAUCAAUAGCAAAAUCUAUGCCUAUGACAACAGGCUUUAAGAUGAUCGCCGUUACGACUGUUGUCCCUGGAAGUACCCAGGUUAAAACUGUAUACAUUGCAACACCAAUUAUGUCAGUUACGAAAACCUCUACGCCGUCAGUGCAGUGCACGGCCUCAAAUAAUCCCGUAACAACUAAACUCUUGCAAACUCUUGCGUCUAGUUCUGGUUCGCUAGUGAGACCUGCCGAAACCGACGUUUCGCCUUCGAAUCUUGGCACAUGCGUAAAGCCUUCCUUAGGUAUAAUUAAUUCGCGAGGUUUUGCACCUGCAUCUUCAACUGCUGUCAAUUCGUCUGCAACGACAACUGUUACAACCUCAACCGCGAUGAGUAGUAAAACACCAACGUCAUUUGCAACGUCUGUAAGUACUUCCAUACCUGUAUCGAAGCAGAACGGCCCAACUCAGUCUUCGAACAGUAUUGUCGUUCCAAAGGUGGACGGCGAAAUAUCGACUGUUACUGAUAUUAUGCCUUCUAAAAGUCUCACUUCGCCGACAAUUGAGAUUGAUAAUAUUCCAAAAACUGCUGAGAGCCACUCGGCUUUGAAAAACGUAGAUUCUAGUGAAAAAAGUGUGCCUGUAGAUGAAAUUAAAACAAGCAUUGUCGAGAACAACUUAAAAGCUAACGAUAGGCCGAAACAAACUGCAAAGUCGCGAGUAUUGACGUCUACGCUUGAGAAUACUGACGAAACUAUUUUGCUUGCUGGGGAGAGAUUCCUUGCAGAUCUUGCAGCAAAAUUUUCCAAGAAUAAUGUUGAUGUUCCGAAAUCCUCUUCAGGUGCUGUUGACGGUCACGACGAUCUAGCUGCACCAGAGGUUAAUGAUACGGAAAAAAGUGUGCCGGAAGCAAUCGUGAAUAUUGAUGCACAUGAUCAGAAGUUUUCAACGAGAAUUCAAGUGCAGCAUUGUGAGCCACAGACUAGCAGUCUAAUGGAAAGCAAAGUGAUUGUUCGCAAAAUAGGCGAAGAGUACAGCUCACCAAUAAAUUUAUGCAAUGAUCAUGGGAGUGAAAAGAGUGACGGAGGAAUCCCCAACCAGCGGCAAACGUCUCACGUUGGACCAAGCCUAUGUGCUCUUGAUAGGCCUGGAGACUGUAGCAAGACAGCUUUUGCGGAGAUAUCCCCAUCAAGAAAUGGCAAGCCAAGGCAACCUUCGUCAAGUAAUUCUCUUUCUGAUAACAAGAGGAGUUUUGGGAGGCCUAGUCUUUUGAAUAACGACAGCUCACAGUCUGUAGUAGCUGAUAUUGACAGUAAUGAAGGAGACUCGUCCUUAUCAGAGCUAGUUGUCAAGGAUACGCCUGAACAUGGCGUCAAUCUUCUAAAUGACAUCACUGCAAAAGUGCAUCCCAUGGAAACGCAGGUUGUGGAAUCUGAACGAAUUGUAGAUGUUUCUAGAGACGAUUCGCCUAGAAACGUGUAUGCAGCAUUUAUACCCGCUAAUGGAGGAAUGAAGGCAAAUAUGCAACAAGAGACCGAAAAACGAGUGUCACCGUCAGUCUUAUCUCAUGUUGGAUCCCCUUCGCAUGAGGUUUCAAUAAAACAAGUUAGCGAUAAAAGAUCACCGUCAAAUAUGGGUAUAAAGGUGGUUACGAGGAAGAGCCCAUUGUCUUUUGGUGGUCCUUCACGGGACCAACAAAUUAGUUUGCCAAAUACAUCAAAACGGGCAUUGUUUGUGGACGUUGAGAAUUUGUCUUCGGCACCAAAGGAACGGAAUUCUCCAUCAAGGCAUUUGGUUGAUGAUUUUACGUCGACUUCUAACCAAGGAUAUUCUCCAUCUAAGAAUUUACACAUUGGGACAAAUGUUAGUCACAUAAACUCUAUUUCCCCAUCGUCUGGUUACAAAAGCCCACUAAAUUCACCGACUCAAAAAUUACCCCAAUCCCCUGUUGACAAAGGCAUGCACGACAAGCGUCCAAUGGCAUCUUUGUCAGGUAUCAAUCGCAAUGUCUCCCCAAAUUCAGAACUGCGAGAACAGACGUUGAAUAACGAUAUCAAAACGAAUUAUGGCGAUGCGUUAUUUACUAGUAUUGUCCCAACAGCUGGGGCUGGAUCAUUUUUCCAGAACUCGUUUGAUCAAAACUCGACAAAGACUGAACAAAAAACUGUAAAACCUAGGAACAAGGCUCCAGGGACUGAGUUUUUAACCCCUGUGGGACCUUUACAACAAACUACUAGCCUUCCAAAUGAAGUGCUGCACAAACAAGGAAAUGAUGUCAUGAAGUCCCACGUGACCAAUAAUAUUCCACGAGGGGGUUCUAAAAAAAGAAAGUCGGAUUCAUCUCCUGUUAUUACUGUUGGAUGGAUUAAAGGGGCUCUUGCGCUCCUGCAGAAAGUUUCACGGUUUCGUGGCCCGAAUAAACAAAGGGGAGAGAUGAAUGCUGCCUCGUGGUUUACACGACCAGUGAACCCAGCAGAAGCACCUGGAUAUUACAAAGUUAUUAAAAAACCAAUGGAUUUUAGCACUGUUAAAAAGAAACUUGAGGAUGGAGUAUAUAAAGAUUUUACAGAGUUUUAUUCGGAUAUGGUGCUCAUCAAAACAAAUUGUCAUACUUAUAAUCCAGUCGACCAUCUGGUCAGAAAGGAUUGUGAUUUGGUAUUCGCCUUUUUUGAAGAAGAAUGCUGUAAAUUCUUAGAAAAACAACAAAAGCCUGAAGAAUCCCCAAGUAAAAAGACAAAGUUGGAUGUUUCAACGUAGACUAAGAAGAUAGAUAUAGCCCUGUAUAUUAUGUAAAAAUAUGUGUAUUUGUAGGCACCCCGCUUUUGUUGUUUAGAGACAACAAGAGUAUUUUUAUCCUUGACGGAGACGAAUCUUCCUAUUAUGGUGCUAUUUAAUGUCCAAUGGUAUUUUUGCAGAUUUAGGUCGUUGGUUAUAUAUGUUAAUGUACCUAAUAUUGGAUCUAUUGUUUUGAUGGUUGUACACCAGCAAGCGUAUGUAUUCGAAGAUGAUCGAAAUGUACCUUAUCUAAGUGACGUGGUUUUUAAUUCAUGUGCCAUUUGUAAAGAGAGGUAUUUCUUCAAAGGUGUUUGAAGAGUCCUUUACCCUCCUCCCCAGCGCAUAAAAGUAUGACAUAUCCCAGAUCCUAUAAGCUACCUAUUUUUGAGGGACUGUUUAAACACCCUGCGAACAUUGCCUAACACGGCGGGAAUCUAUCAACCAGAUAUUUGCCAAAUAUUCAUCAAUUUGAAAGGUGUUUGAAACAACGCUCUUCAUAUCAUGUCCUUUUAUGCUUUUUAUGUGGUACUAUAAAAAGAAAAAGUAUUCAAGAUUUUAUAUAACAGCAGAAUAAUGAAUUUUGGCCUAUCAAUCUUUGAUUACCUAGGUGUUUCCAUGAAGCGUUAAUUAAAGUACGUCUGUAAAUUUGGUGUCGCUUUUUCCAAUCAAAUCCACUGCUUGGAAGUAUUCUACAACGUUUUAAUUUUCCGAAAGUUUUUACCUGGAAAAUGACACCUAAAAAAUCUUCGGUAAAGAAAGGAAGUUUUUUAAAAUGUUUUCUUCGGGUGUCUGCGGGAAUAGAAGCUCGUCAUCUGCGGGAGUAGAAACUUGCAAUUCUGUUUCCCUGGACUAAACGUG